AUGUCCGGAUGGGACGAGGGCAACGUGUACUUCACGGACAGCGGCCUCGCGGGCGACGGCGACGCGCCGGGCGGCGGCGGCGGCGGAGACGCGCUCGGAGUCACCCCCGGGCAGGCGAGGCGGAAGUUUGCCGACUUUUUUCGAAACUUCAGGGGCGAGCCCACGGCGGACUACCCGGACGGGCGGCUGACGUAUCGCGACGCGCUGGAUCAGGCGAUGCCGCCGCAGGAGCUCACGGUGCUCAUGGACGACGUCAUAGCGCACGACCCCGAGCUCGCGAAGGAACUCCGCGCGCGCCCGGACACGUACGUCCCCGUCCUCGAGGCUGCAGCCGUGGAUGUCGUGGAGUCGCUCCGCAACGAGUCCGCGAUCAAUCCGCAAAACGAUCCCAACUCCACCGCCGUGGUCGCCGGCGUCGGCGGCGCGGCGGCGCACUUCGCGGAUCACGUCGAGAUCCAGGUGCACCUCCUGAGUCACGAGAACCCGCGGCCGCUGCGGUCGCUGAGCAGCAAGGACGUCUCGAAGAUGGUGUACGUUCCGGGCAUCGUGAUCACGACUUCGAGGGCGAAAUCGAAAGCAACGCGGCUGUGCAUUCAGUGUAAGACGUGCCGGAACACGAAGCACAUCGCGUUGGGGGGCGGGUACGCCGGCACGGUGGUCCCGCGGUUCUGCGACGGCGCGGGCGGCGGCGGCGGCGGCGCGGGCGGCGGCGGCGGCGACGGCGCGAUCGGCGACGGCGGAGGCUGCGGGAUCGACCCUUUCAUCGUCCUGCCGGAUAAGUCGAAGUUCAUGGACCAACAGACGAUGAAACUGCAGGCGCGUCCCAUCUAUCUCAACGAGAACCCGGAGGACGUCCCCGCCGGGGAGAUGCCGCGGCACCUCCUCAUCGUCGUCGAGCGCAACCUCGUGCAGUCGAUAACCCCGGGCACGAGGGUGAAGGUCAUGGGGACGUACUCGUUGGGGCCGUCGGGGGGCAAGGGCGCGAAAGAACGCGGCGGCGGCGGCGGCGUGUCCAUCUCGCAGCCGUACCUGAAAGUGGUAGGGCUGGCGCAGGAGAGCGAGGGCGCGCGCGGGAACGCGCACUUCACGGACGCGGAGCACACGGAGUUCAAGGCGUUCGCGGCGCGGCCGUUCAAGGAGGUCAUCAAAGACAUCCGCAGCCGCAUCGCGCCGGCGAUUUUCGGAUCCGACGACGUCAAAGCCGCCGUCGCGAGUCUGCUCUUCUCCGGCGCGAGAAAGACGACGAGAGACGGCGCGAGGCUGAGGGGCGACGUGAACGUCCUCCUCAUGGGCGACCCGUCCACGGCCAAGUCGCAGUUUCUGAAGUUUGUGGAAAAGACCGCGCCGAUAUGCGUGUACACCUCCGGCAAGGGUUCCUCCGCCGCGGGUCUCACCGCGUCCGUGAUCAGAGGCGGCGACGGCGAGUUUUACCUCGAAGGCGGCGCGAUGGUGUUGGCAGACGGAGGGUGCGUGUGCAUCGACGAGUUCGAUAAGGGCCGCUACGACGACCUGAAGACCGCGCAGGAGAACAUCGACCUCCAGACGACGAUUCUCUCGCGCUUCGACCUCAUCUUCAUCGUCCGCGACGAGCGCUUAUACGAGCGCGACUUGCAGAUCGCGGAUCACGUUCUGUCCAUGCACGCGAGCGCCGGCGACGACCGCUCGCUCGUCCUCGCCGGCGGCGGAUCCGCGCUAAACCCGGAGCAAGAGCGCGAGCAGAAAUUUCUGAAGCGGUACAUCGAGUACUGCCGGUCGCAGUGCUCGCCUCGCAUCGUCCCUCGAAGCGCGAAGAUGCUGGAGGACCAGUACGUGAAAUACCGGCAGGAGAUGCGCGAGCGGGCGAAGAAGGGCGGCGCGCCCGCGGUGCCCAUCACCGUCCGACAGCUCGAGGCGAUCACGCGCGUGAGCGAAUCCCUCGCGAAGAUGUGCCUCCAACCGCACGUCACGGAGGAGCACGUCCAGGAAGCUCUGAGGCUGUUCGAAGUGUCCACGAUCGACGCCGCGCGAAGCGGCGUCGCGGAGAUGGUCGUGCUCACGCCGGAGCAGCGCGAAGAGCUCACUCGCGUGGAGACGAUGAUCAAACAAAAGCUCGCCAUCGGCGCCACGGCGAGUAAGCGUCACCUCGUCGAGGACCUCUCCCGGCUGGGCGUGAACGAGUGGGCGGUGAUGCGCGCGCUCAUGGUGAUGGCGCAGCGGGGGGAAGUCACCGAGCGCGCGGAGGGACGGCGCGUCACGCGGGUGCAUUAG